CGGCGGUGCACCUCCACGCCGUCGCCCAUGGCACAUGACCCCAGCCACAGGACUGACGACUAGCAGGGACACACACACACUCAUCAGACUCACACAAGUCUUGACUCAUGACUCCAGAAGCCUUGCUGUUCGUCAUCACACACAUUCCACACGCGUCCAAGUCAGCUCCCGCAAUCCGCUUCGCUACCACUACGAAAGUCUCUCCUGCAACACCUUUGAGACCCCGCCCUCGUACCCGCCUCAUACCCGCGCCACAAUUUAAUCUCACGCCACGCCAUGCCAGUCGCAGUCUCGCCCGCCGCUGCGCAGUCUUCCAAUAUCUGGAUCGCAGCUGGAGAGGGGGAUGAUGAGAGGGUCACAUACCUGAUCGAAGUAGAGGAUAUUUCUCCUACCGCACCCGACAGCAACACCUACACUCCGCUGCACGCAGCCGCAUCCUACUCGCACAGCAGCACGCUCCAACUCCUCCUCGCUCAUUCCAAAACUCCAUCAAACGCCGUCAACAUUCAAGAUUCGGAUGGAGACACACCGUUGUUCGUGGUCGAAGAAGUUGCCAUAGCAGAACUACUCAUCAAGCAUGGAGGCGAUGCUUUCCACAAAAACAAGGCGGGAGAUACGCCGGCUGAAGUAGCAGAGGAGAAUGGGUUUGAAGAGGUGGCGGAGUAUUUGAGAAGUAUAACGGGAGAGAAGAGACUUUAUGAGAGACCUGGAGAUGGGCCAGAGGAUGAGGAAGAGAGUGAAUUGACUUCGAGGUUGGAGGACGAGGAGGGAGCCAGCUUGACUCCGGCUGCUAGAGACCUCAUCGACCAGAGGACGGAAGCGCUGAUGAGUCAGGUAGAGUCCCUCUUAUCUCGCGCUUCUUUGCGAUCCGAAAGUGCCGACAGGGGAGAGUCUGGGGCAGAGUUGAAAUUGACAAACGAAGAGGAGGAAGAGCUUAGGAGGUUGGUGGGCGAAUCCGUCUUGGAGCAGAUUAGAGAAGGUUGGGCGGGGAAUGAAGGCCCCGGCCAGCAAGGAGAGGUGCAGGGUGAGAAUGACAGCCGUCAAGUCAACGAGGAAACAAGGCCAGCUGGAAAGGAGCCUGAGCCAAGAUGAGGCAGGCAUACAGGCCAUCAAAAGAUCAACGCGCAGCAAAAUAUAGAAAUCUAAUGCAGACCCUGCGUGUCGGUUGAGACGUCAAAUAUGCAAGCGCGUGCUCGAAUACAUUAUGAGGAAUUUGAAGCA